AUGGACCUGGAGUUCCGGGGUGUCAUGGCACCGCAUGGGCUGGGUACACAUGCGAGUCUCUUAACGCCCUCGGGCACCCCCAGCGACCUUCGGAACAACCCCAGAAUGCCCCGGCCCGUCACAGGUUUCGAUCUAUCAGCCAGGAAUUCCGAACCUCGCGAAAUGGAGAAGAUUCCCCCAAUCACGGGGAAGCGCCGGGGUGGCAGUAGAAAGGCUUGUAACGAGUGUAAGCAGCAAAAGCGUAUCACACCUCCUAAAUCUGACGUCUUGGCCUCCACUGUCACGCCCGCCGCAGCAUGCUCACGCUGUCGGCGCCUUCAAAUAGAAUGCAAGGUCGAACCUAGCUUCAAGCGCAUUUCGAAAAGAAGGCGCAAUGCAGAGAUGGAAAAGGAGAUCGCAGAGCUCCGUCGACGACUGGCUACUUCUGCUGAUCAUCCUCAUGGCGUGGAAGCAACAGUUAGCGAUGAGCUAUCCCCAUGCUCAGAAGAGGUGUUCUGUGGCCCUGAUUCGGCCGUUUCGAACAGAACACGAACCCUAUCUGCUCCGCUGGAACCACAGCCUCUGGCGACCCCCUUAACCAUCCAGAGGGAUGCCUCCAUUAUGUCCCAGGAGGACAAUAUGUGGAGAUUAGAAGAUGUCUCGCUGUCCCGACCAAGAGUCGCACGGUUAUUUGAACAGUACUUCAAAUAUUAUCAUCCCUUCCUGCCGCUUUUGAACCCCCAAAAGCCCCCUGAAGAGUAUCUUCGUCGUUGCCCCCUACAGGCAUGGACGAUUAUCUGCGUCGCAAGUCGACGGGCUCCAUCAGAGCCUGGUCUUCUCACUGCACUCUCUGGCCCCUUUAGUCGGUUCCUGUGGUCGACCAUUACCGGAGUUCCGCAGGAUUAUCGUGUGGUGAAAGCUCUUUGUCUUCUCUGCACAUGGCCGCUCCCCACGACAAGUCAAAGAACCGAUGCGACCUUUAUGCUUAGCGGACUAAUGAUGCAGAUUUCUAUGCAACUGGGAUUGCAUCGGCCGGUGCAACCGGAGGAAUUCACAACCUUCCGGAUGGAAGUCCAAGGGGAGGCUGUAAAAGACCGAAUACAAACAUGGGCUAUAUGUAAUAUUGUAGCUCAGAAUGUUGCUACUGGCUACGGGCAGCCGCCUGGCACUAUCUACGACUGGGCGCUUGAGCCAGCGUCUCUCCAAGACGCGGAUUAUCACCCUUCCCAUGACCUCCAAACUCGAUUGCGUAUCGAGAAGUUCUGUGAUCGUGUGACGAAGUCAUUGUACAGUAGUAAACCUGAACCCGCGGAGUUCAUUAGCUCUGAGAAAUUGUUGAUUGUGCAGCUGUUGGAAAAUGAGCUGAGAGACAUGGAGGUCGAUCUUGGCCGAGAUAUCUCUAGUAUGUCACGUUUGUACCCCUUGGUUUUCGAAUCAGGUCUAAUAUGGUCUCCGUUAGACAUCAACAUGAUCCAUCUACGAGCAGCUGAGCUGCAUUUGCGGUACUUUGUAUUUUUAGGUUCUAACCCACGAAGCGAUGACUUAACGAAACUCUUCAUUGCCACCACGUCAUUCCUCGGGCGAGUAUUAGAUCUCGAAACAUCUCCGGGGGAGCUAAUUGGCCAUGCGACUAAUUAUAUUCUUCAAAUGAUCGUGUCUGCUGCGUUUGCCCUGAUGAAGCUGUUGAAAAGUGACUUUAGCCGCCACAUCGACUUCGAUCACGGGAAGCUUCUGUUCAACGGGGCCAUUUCAGCCAUUCGGCGAAUUAGCGUCAUGGAUCAUGACCGUCCGGUGCGCCUGGCCGAUAUUUUGGCUCAGAUGUGGAAUGCGGGGGGCUCCGAUCCCAGCGGAGAGGAGGCUCUACUGUUAAAGGUGCGCUGCCGGAUGAGUAUGAGCCACGUCUAUGAUACCGUAUGGCGUUGGCGGCAACGAUUCCGGCCGAUCAAGAGCGUUGAAGAUGCUCAAGCUUCUUUAGCCAAUCCGAACCUGUCGGCGACGGCUGGACCUGUUUCUCGACAGGACGACUCACUGGAAGAUCCCGGGUUGAUGUAUGCACCCAACUUCGAUCAAGGAGGAGCAUUUAUCAGCGAGGUUGGAUUUUCCGAAGUAUUCGAUUCGCUCAACUGGGUGUUUGACGGAAUUCCGGACUCGUUUGUUGCUCCUCCCGUUAUGUAG